CCCGAGUUUGGGCUUAACAUGUGCAUUGCCCAGUCUUGCAAAGAACUUCCACUGAAAACGGACAGUGCUUCCAAAGCCCGUAGCCGUUGACCAACAGCUUUCAACAUGCGUUUCCCGGCCUUGGUUGUCCUUGCGGCGACUUGCAGCUCGGCGUUGAGUCUGCAUCCUCUUGAGCGCCGCGAUGACCUCGCUACGUCUCCUCCUGUUUAUCCUUCGCCGUGGAUGAACCCGCAGGCCGUUGGUUGGGAGGAAGCGUAUAAAAAGGCCAGGGAUUUUGUCUCUCAACUUACACUAACAGAGAAGGUCAACUUGACCACUGGUGUCGGUUGGCAGGGUGAGCAAUGCGUAGGGCAAGUCGGGUCCAUUCCUCGACUCGGUUUCCGCAGCCUUUGCAUGCAAGACUCACCUCUUGGUGUACGAUUCGGCGAUUACGCUUCAGCGUUCCCAUCUGGUCAAACAGUGGCAGCCUCCUUCGAUAGAGACCUGUUCUACCGAAGAGGUCAUGCAAUUGGCGCAGAGCACAAAGGCAAGGGAGUUACGGUAGUUCUUGGACCGGUCGCUGGACCAAUUGGCCGUACACCAGAGGGUGGCAGGAACUGGGAAGGAUUCUCCCCUGACCCCUGGUUGACCGGUAUUGCUAUUGCCGAGACCACGAAGGGUAUCCAAGAUGCUGGUGUUAUUGCUUGCGCAAAGCACUACAUCGCGAACGAGCAGGAACACUUUAGGCAGGUUGGCGAAAGCGUUGGCAGAGGUUACAACAUCACCGAGACCCUCUCGUCUAACAUUGACGAUAAGACUAUGCAUGAGCUCUACCUCUGGCCUUUCGUCGAUGUUGUGAAGGCUGGCGUGGGCUCCAUCAUGUGCAGCUACAACGAGGUCAACAACUCUUACGCGUGUCAGAACUCAAAGAUGCUCAACGGCUUGCUGAAAGGCGAGCUUGGUUUCCAGGGCUUUGUGAUGAGUGAUUGGCAGGCUCAGCACACUGGAGUUGCAAGCGCUGUUGCUGGUUUGGAUAUGACUAUGCCUGGUGAUACAGAAUUUAACACCGGUCUUAGCUACUGGGGCACCAACCUGACAUUGGCUGUCAUCAACGGAACUGUCCCAGAAUAUCGUAUCGACGAUAUGGCAAUGAGAAUUAUGGCUGCAUUCUUCAAAGUUGGCCUCGAGCUUGAGCAGCCACCGAUCAACUUUGACAGCUGGACGACCGACACUUAUGGACCCCUUCAUUAUGCAGCUAAGGAAAACUACCAGCAGAUCAACUGGCACGUCGACGUCCAGGAUGGCCAUGGUGCACUUAUUCGUGAAGUUGCUGCAAAAUCGACAGUUUUACUUAAAAACAAUGGCGCACUCCCUUUAAAUAAACCUAAAUUUCUUGCUGUUGUUGGCGAAGAUGCUGGACCAAGUUCUUGGGGACCCAAUGGUUGCUCCGAUCGGGGUUGUAACCAGGGAACUCUUGCGAUGGGUUGGGGCUCCGGUACCGCUAAUUUCCCCUAUCUCAUCACCCCGAUCGAUGCGCUCAACAUUCAAGCAGCGGAUGAUGGCACUCGCAUCGAAGCUGUCCUCAACAACUCGGCCACUGACAAAAUCAAGAGCCUCGUAUCUCAAGCAUAUGCGACCACUCUCGUCUUCGUAAAUGCUGACUCAGGUGAAGGCUAUAUCGCUGUUGAUGGAAACGAAGGUGACCGUAAGAACUUGACACUUUGGGGGAAUGGUGAUGAAAUCAUCAAGAAUGUGUCUGCCGUAUGCAACAACACCAUUGUCGUCAUUCAUUCUGUUGGCCCUACCCUGGUCACCGACUGGUAUGACUCGCCAAACAUAACCGCAAUCAUCUGGGCUGGGUUACCAGGGCAGGAGAGCGGUCGGUCUCUUGUCGAUGUGCUUUAUGGCAGGGUCAACCCAGCUGCCAGGACUCCAUUCACCUGGGGUGCCACGCGGGAGGAUUAUGGUGCUGAUGUGCUAUACGAGCCCAAUAACGGAAACGGUGCACCUCAGCAAGACUUUACAGAGGGCGUUUUCAUUGACUACCGCUCCUUCGACAAGAGGAAUGCUACUCCCGUCUUUGAGUUUGGCUUUGGAUUGUCAUACACUACAUUCGAAUACGCAAACCUCAACGUUGCCAAGAAAUACCCUACCGAAUAUAUUGCAACUACAGGUGAGACUGCUGAAGCACCUGAGUUCGGAAACUUCUCGACAGACUUGGACGACUAUCUUUUCCCUGGAGACGAGUUCCCUUACAUCUGGCAGUACCUGUACCCCUAUGUGAACACAUCUUCAUCAGCGGAGGAAGCCUCACAAGAUCCGCACUACGGCCAGACUGCAGAAGAAUUCCUGCCGCCGAACGCUAUUGACAAUGAGCCACAACCUCUCCAUCCUGCUGGUCCCGCGCUUGACGCCGAGUCGGGAGGUAACGCCCAGCUUUGGGAAGAGCUCUAUACUAUCACCGCUGAGAUCACAAACACCGGCGACGUCGUCGGUGAUGAAGUUCCCCAACUUUACGUAUCCCUUGGCGGCCCCGACGAUCCACCCGUCGUUCUACGUGGCUUCGAUCGCAUCUGCAUCGAGCCGGGCCAGACAGUCCAAUUCAACGCCACAUUGGUGCGCCGCGAUGUCAGCAACUGGGACACCGCAAGUCAGAACUGGGUCAUUUCUGAGUACCCCAAGACUGUCUAUGUUGGUCCUAGCAGCCGAAAGUUGGAGUUGUCUGCUUCCUUGGACUAGAUACAUCGGGACUGGCCUGGGUAAGAGAAGAAGGAGGUGAUUACCUGGAUACAUGCACAAACUUUAGUUGUAUAUACUUAAUCUUUAGUCAUAAUGUUAACUGUAACGCGA